CUGAUAGCUUGAAAUUCUUAUUCUCUGUUCUCUCUUCUCUAUUCCUUUUAUUAUGCGGAACAUCCAAUGAGCUCCAAUGAAAAAAUUGCAUAUUAAAAUUGGUGAUGUGGCACUCAUAACUCAAGAGUGGCACCAUGACUCUUCUAAGUAAGGAAUAUGUCGUCAAUCUGUUGAUAGUUCAACGACAUUUACGACCCGGUGACGCUUAACCAAAAAAAAUUAAGCCGUUGAAAGGUGAGAGCAAUCGGGCAAUUAAAUUUGGUCAAUAUUAUUGUAUGAUGGCUCAAUAUUCGCCUAUUAAUGUACGUCUGGCGGUAAACAGAGUAGAUUUCAAUCUAAUAACGAAUAAUGGCAUCCAGCCACGGCUCUACACUCCUGGCGAGGAGAUAUCCAGUCAACCGGAUUUUUUGAGAGGCCAUGGAACUUACGUUGAUGAUGAGAAAACGUUGCGUGCAUCAGUCGCUGGAGUCUUAGAAAAGGUGAACAAACUUAUAUCGAUUAGACCCUUGAAGGCACGUUAUAAUGGAGAGAUCGGAGAUCUUGUCGUAGGAAGGAUAACGGAAGUACAACAGAAGCGUUGGAAAGUUGAUAUAAAUGCUAAGCUUGAUGCUGUCCUGUUGUUGUCCAGUGUUAAUUUGCCUGGUGGCUGUUGUUGUCCAGUGUUAAUUUGCCUGAGAAGAAGAUCUGCCGAAGAUGAACAGACGAUGCGCAGGUAUUUGCAGGAAGGAGAUCUGAUUUGUGCAGAAGUGCAAUCAAUCUUCGCAGACGGCUCACUCUCUCUACAUACGCGAGUAUUGAAGUAUGGCAAACUAUCGCAGGGGAUAAUGUUAAAAGUACCACCGAUGUUAAUUCAACGCAAGAAGACACACUAUCAUACUCUAGAGAGUGGAGCCAUUUUGAUACUCGGUUAUAACGGUUACGUAUGGAUCAGUGCAAACAUUCAAAAUGUCGAUAAAUCCGAGGGUGGUUUCACAGAGGAUCUGUCGAAAAUUCCUAUAGAAAAUCGCAAUGUUUGCACACGGUUACGUAAUUGCAUCUUGAUCCUGGCGCAAUGCAACAUGCUAUUAUCCGAUACCUCCGUGACGUAUGCUUACGAAGAAUCCUUUAAGUACGACAUACACGAGUUGUUGCAUCCCGAAGCGAUGGUCGACGUGUCGCUGUUAACGCAUCAGAGACUCGCGCGGUCUAUGUAAUAUCACGGCACAAAUGAAAUAAUACUGUAAUGCGAAAUGAUAUAAUUAUGAGAUAGAAGUCUAAAACUAUAGUAAAGGAAUAAAAUUAAUCCUUUCAUUUGCAAUCUUGAAAUGUAAAAGACAUGAUAAAUAAAACAAUUUUUUAUGUAAUAUUGUAA